UAAGAAUACUUUAAAAGAAAGUUUAAGAAAACGCAGCUAUAAAUUGGACACAGCUGAUCUGUACGAGUAAACAAGUAUAGCUGUAGUCGGUUUGACAACACCCACUAUUGGUUGACGUGAUACUGUUGCUAUACGAUAACAGGCAACGAAGCGCUGUAUCACAGUGAACAAACGACUCAGUCAGUGUGACCGUUAUAUCCCGGCGCGCCGCUCCACUCGGCUGCGAAUUUAAUAAUCGAGCACGUUGCGACUGUGUUUCAUUAAAAAAUGGCUCCCAUAUCAAUAGACGAUCCAGCGGUACAGUCGUACCUGCUGUAUUCUAGCGUCUUGGCCCUAAAAGUUCUGGGUAUGGCCUUCUUGACAGCCAGAGUGCGAUACGCUAAGAAUGUGUUUGCUAACCCGGAGGACGCUGCAGCAAAGAAAGGGAAAGUGAAGUACGAUGACCCAGACGUGGAGCGAGUUCGCCGCGCGCAUCUCAACGACUUGGAGAACAUUCCCGUGUUCUGGAUCCUGGGCGCGCUGUACCUGACCACUGGUCCUUCAGCCGGGCUCGCCACCACACUGUUCCGUGUGUACACUGCUGGCCGAGUGCUACAUACUCUGGUCUACGCCGUCAAGCCCCUGCCUCAGCCAGCGCGUGGAAUCGCCUUCGGCAUUCCCUUCAUGAUCUCAUUCUACAUGGGAGUCAAAGUAAUUCUUCACUAUGCCAGUGCACUGUGAUUUAAUAAGAA